AUGUUCCGUUCAUUCUCCAAGAAACCUGACAGAUUCUGCACAUACUGCAAGAAGAUUGUGAGCGGGGAAAAACUAAAUAGACACAUCUUAAGACAGCACCAUAUGAAUGAUGAAGUGAAGGUUAUUUUGACCAAAAGUAAAGAGGAACGCACCAAUUUUUUUUACCAAAAGCGGAGAGAGGGAAUGGUAGAAUACAAUUUAGAACUGUUCAAAAAUCAAAAAGAAAAAGAAGAAAUCCUUCUGAUGAGGGAAAGAAAACCGAAACAUGAAGACUCAUUGAAAAUGUGUAGUAGGUGUAACCGUUUUCUCUCAAAUAGAACUUUUUAUCGCCAUAGAAAAACAUGUGAUACCAACACAGCAGAUCCAGUAUCCCCCAAAUGUUUAGUUCCAAUCAAUCGGCACAAAGAUCAGGAGUUUCAUGAACAAAUUUUACAGAAAUUUAGGGACUCAGAAGUUGGCAAGCUCUGCCAGUCUGAUGAAUUAAUACAGCAAGUCGGGUACAGACACUUCAGCUUAAGAAAAUCAGAAACUUCGAAAAGAGAAGAAAUACGAAAGUGUGUCAUGACAGAAAUGAGAGAGCUGGCCCGUCUUUUUAUCAAAUUUCGAAACCUGAGUGUUGAUGAUGUUUCAACAGAAGACAUGUUCUUGAGAAAAUAAUUGCCAUUGCUAAGGGAAGCCAUCAAUAAACAUGCUGAAGGAGAAAAUGGAAAAGAAAAGCAUGGAUUGAAGCUCAAUCUCAAUGCUAUCCUGCAAAGAAGCAUAAAAUCACUGAAGAAGGGCCUGUAUACAGAAAAUAUGCAGGAUGAAAAAUUUAAGGAAUUGGAGAAAUUUCAAAUUGCUUAUGCGUUUCGAGCACCAGAAUUUUUUCGGAAUCAAGGUAUCAUGAAAUAUCGAAUUCCCUAGAUAAAGCCAGGAGGCCAGGCAACCUGCCCGAUGAAGAAUCUUUGAAGAUUCUGAGGGAUUUCAUAGCAAAGGAAGUGUUGCGGCUUUGCGAACUAAAGCAAUUCCCGCAACCUUCCUAUGCCUGGCUAAGAUCCCUUGUGGUGGCUCGCCUCACCCUUUAUAAUGGCAGGCGUGGGGAUGAGCCAUCCCGAAUGUUGAUAAAGGAAUGGGACGAGGCAAUGGAUGGAGUGUGGGUCCCUUCAAACCAAAUAGAAGAAAUUCACGAUGAGGCAGAAAGAUACCUAAUUGGCCAAUUCAGAUUGGCGUACCUACAUGGUAAUUCCUAUGGUAAAAUGAAACAAUAGUUAUCUUUGUUUAUAAUUAUAAACAUACUACCUUAAUUACAUUAUUGCCAUAAUAUUGUAUUUUGGAUAUCAAAAACUUCAACUAAAUCUUCAGAAGUCCUCUUCAGUGCCUGCUAUCCUUAAUAUGAUAGUUGUACCUGUCUUAGCACAAAGUUGCCCACAACUCUUUCUGAUGCCCCAAGCAGUAAAUCUCACUUCUUUCCUGCUUCAAUACCUGCUAACUAGGUGUAGAUUAAUUCUUAAGGCGGGGAAGUAUACGGGAAACGAUAAUUUUGUGGCAUGUAUGUCGACAUGUUGGUUUAUUUGAAAUUUCAAGCCACGCAUUUACGGA